AUGACAUGCACGAAUGAGGAGGAUAGGAUACAAAAGAGAGAGAGAGAGAGAGAGAGAGAGCUAAAAAGAAGCAAAGCGGGUGCUAAGAAAGCGGUAGUAAUGGGAAAAAGCCGUGAUUAUGAGGACUUCUAUCAGAAGCUUGAUACCAAAGAUGGGGAGAAGCAUAUUUUUAAGCUGGGGCCAAAGGAGGAGGAUAGUCAAACUUCUGACGUCCAAAGACCACGGGAGUAUGGGUCAACGAGUGACAUUACCACAGAGGAAGUAGGAGAAGCUCUCAAAAAGAUGGGGAGAACAAAGGCAGUUGGUCCAGAUAACAUACUGAUUGAGUGGAGGAACAACACACUAAUACCCCUGUUUAAAAGCAAAGGCGAUGCGCAAGUAUGUAGGAACUAUAGAGGAAUUAAAUUUCUUAGCCACACAAUGAAAUUGUGGAGAAGAGUGAUAGAAAGGAGAAUUAGAAAAGAGACAGUAAUUAGAGAGAACCUAUUCGGUUUCAUGCCAGAAAGGUCAACCAUGGAGGCUAUUCAUGUUUUGAGGAGACUAAUGGAAAAAUAUAGGGAGCGGAAGAAGGAUUUGCAUAUGGUGUCCAUCGACUUGGAGAAAGCAUAUGAUAGCAUACCACGACGCAUCUUCUAG